ACACUCGCUGUGUGGGUGGUAUAUUGGAUCAGCACAGCUGCCUGCAUUUUUGGAGUCCGUGUUGGGGGGGGGGUUAUGAUGAGCUCCUGCACUUCAAAAUUUAUUACUACACCACCAGGUAGCAGGAGGAGUGCUUUGUGAAAGGGAGGGGGGCAACGGAAGUAGUCACAGAAGGUACAAACCAGGGUCUGCUCAUCCCUGGAGAAAGAACACACACACACUCGUAGCCAUGUGGCUGUUGCUGGGGCUGCUGCUGCCGCCACUUGCCACCCUCAUAUCUGGCUUUUUGUACUUCUAUCUUGUCCAUGUGAGGGGGAAUAUCUUUAGCCCGAUGGCUGUGCGCUCCCCAAAACCUCUAGUCACGGACCAGGAAGCUCGCAAAAAAGUCCUCAAGAAAGGUUUCUCCCAGGAUAACGUGCCCCCCAACUUAGAUGCUAUAGUUAUUGGCAGUGGCAUUGGGGGCCUGUCUGUGGCAGCAGUCUUGGCAAAGGCAGGGAAACGGGUUUUGGUGUUGGAGCAGCACAGCAAGGCUGGCGGAUGCUGUCACACCUUUCAAAAGAAAGGAUUUGAAUUUGACGUUGGCAUCCACUAUGUAGGGCAAAUGCAUGAGAAUGGCAUGAUGCGGGUGAUCAUGGACCAGCUCACCAAUGGGCAACUUGACUGGGUUCGUUUGAAGGAUCCCUACGACAUGAUAAGCAUUGGAAACAAGGACUACCAAAUCGUCUCUGGCAAGAGAGCGUUUGUGGAGGAGUUGGAAAGGCAGUUCACAGAAGAGAAAGAGGCUAUCAAAGAGUUCAUGAGGCUAUCCAAGAUUGCUGCAAAGCAUGCGCCUUGGGUGAGCAUCCUGAAGAUGAUCCCCAUGUGGCUGUCCAUGUUCUUGAUCCAAUGGGGCCUCCUUCACUGGCUCUCACCUGUGUUCAGAAUGGCAUCUUCCAGCCACAGCAAAGUCAUAGAGCCACUGACCACCAACAAGGACCUGCGAGCCCUCUUCAGCUACUUCUUCUAUGGAGUUGCUCCAAAGGACUCUAGUUUCCUCCUGAAUGCUCUGCUGAUCCAUCACUAUAAGUGUGGGGCCUGGUACCCAAGAGGGGGUACUAGCGAGAUUGCUUUCCACAUCAUCCCCGUCAUUGAGCAAUCUGGAGGUACCGUGUUAAUGAGGGCCUGUGUGAGGCAGAUCUUGCUCUCGGAGAGUGGCGUGGCCAUCGGGGUGUCUGUGCAGAAAGGAAGUAAGGAAGAAGUGGAAGUGUAUGCUCCCGUGGUGAUCUCAGAUGCUGGCAUAUUCAACACUAUGGGGAAGCUGUUGCCUCCAGGGAUCAGAAGCAAACCAGAGAUCCAGUCCCUCCUUGACAUGGUCCAGCACAGCAUGGGUUCCUUCCUAGUCUUUGUCGGACUGCGAAGGACUAAAGAAGAGCUUGGCAUCAAAUCAAACAACUACUGGAUUUAUCUACACAAUGACCUGGACGCCAUGAACACAAAAUAUGCCACCCUGCUGAGAGAAGAAGUGAGCACCAAUCUCCCUAUGAUGUUCAUCACCUUCCCGUCUGCCAAGGAUCCCACAUAUCAAGAGAGGCACCCUGGUCAUUCUUGCAUGACCUUGCUCACCAUGGCUCGCUAUGAGUGGUUUGAGGAGUGGUCAGGAGGCCGUGUGAGGAACAGAGGCCCUGACUAUGAGGGCUUUAAGAUGGAAAUUGCCCAGAAACUCCUAGAUAUAGCUUUGGUGAAGUUUCCUCAACUCUGUGACAAGAUAGAAUUUGUAGAAACGGCUUCCCCACUCAGCAACCAGCACUACUUAGCUGCCCCUCUGGGUGAAAUGUGUGGUGUGGAGCAUGAUGUAGGCCACUUUGACCCACAGGUAGUGGCCACCAUGAGGGCACAGACCCCCAUCCAAAAUCUCUAUUUAACAGGUCAAGAUGUCUUCAGCUGUGGCCUAGCAGGGGCUUUGCAUGGGGGCUUGAUUUGCGCCUCAGCUGUGCUCAGGCGCAUUGUUUACAUAGAUCUGGUGCUGCUGAAGAAGAAGCUGAAGAGACAAUAUCUCAAGAAAGAGGUCUAGUGCUGUCAGCCUCUCAGAAAGGAAGGGGUUGGUUCAUGCCUUUUUAAAGCCUGACUUGGAAUCCAGGUGAGGUGAGGAUAAAUAAUAGCCUUUUCCUGAAUGAUCCUGCCUUACCAGUACAAUCUUCCUCCAAUGCCUUUCUCUCAGUCCUGUUAUUAGAGGCAAUCCAUAACAUUUUCCACUGUUGUACCCCAUCUUUGGACUGCUUCUCAGGUAGGCUUCCUUGGAACAGGACCGGCCCAACAUUUUGCUGCCUGGUAUGAAGGACAAGAUGAUGCCCACACACCCACACCCUCCCUUCCCCCCUCUCUCUCUGUGUACAGACGCUGACAGGACUGUCAGUUGGCUCUUGCUUCAACACAGAUGACAAUACAGUAUCCUCCUCUACACCUGAGGGCAGUGGACUCACUUAGAUGUUGCAGACCAGGCUGCAUGGUACACACAGCUAGGGUUGCCAGGUUCAGGGCCUGAGACUGUUCCUGGCAACCAAGAGGUCUUCUGUAUCUUUAAAAGAUGUGCAGGGUGUAGGGAGAAUUCCACCUUGUGGUUUUUCUCAUUACAGUAUUGCAAGAACACCUGCACUUGGCUGACUUUCUAUUCUUCUAAAGAUACAGGAUCAGCUCUGAACCUGGCAACCCUACACACAGCUCUGUUCUUCAACAGCUCACCAAUUCUCCUUCCUCCUCAGAAUCUACUGCCUGAGGUCAUUGCCUCAGUCUGCCUCAUAGUUGGGCCGGCCUUACCUUGGGAGUGAACUUGUGACUUUUGGAUGUCAGCUGAAGCCCUUCUUAUUUUCCUUUUGUGAGAUGCUGAGUAAACACACUGUUUUAAUCUGGCUGAUGUGUCUUGUUUCCCCACCCCACCCCACCCCGAUGCUACAAUUUUAUGCUAUUUAAUAAAGUUUUAUGCCGUU